CAGUGGCAUUCAAUUGUGUGGAACUUUGUGGAAAAGCUUAUCUGAAAUUAAUUUUGCUAAUUCUUCGAUUUUUCACACUUUCAAAAGUUAUUUCCUGAAAUAGAAUCGACAAAAUGUCAUCCAAAACUUUUGCGUCGAUGAAUUUGGUUUUGGCGAACAGCGAUGUAAAAAACUCAGUAAACACUUUCCAACUAUCGAAGAAAUAUGUCAAGAGACUGGUGAAAAUCUCCAUAUUGAACAUUAUUUACCAGCGAAUUGCGAUUUCUGAGAAGGAAUUUGAGGUGAAGAAAUAUGAAAAAAUUCCCUAUAGAGUAUUUAAGCCCAAGUCGCAAAAUACUUUUAUCAGGGUAUAUCAUGCGGUCACCAAUGGUAUCAUCGAAGCUAUAGACAAAGAUUAUCUGAAGGAAAUUGUUAUACAUAUUGUCGGAAAAGAUAAUUACGAUCCCUUGGAAACGUACAACAUAAAAAUUAAAUAUAAUAAGCAAGAUUCCAAGUCUAAUCAGAAAAGUUCAGCAGUAAAAGCCGCAACCAUGGAAUAUUUUAAAGCUCUGACUGAAAUACCAGGGAAUAAGUGGCAAGAAGACAAUGUGAAAGUAUUUUUCGAGCUUUCUUAUAACGAAGGCGUUCCAUUUGAAUAUGAGCCUCCUAACUUUGAACCAACCAAAGAACUGCUGUGUUCUAACACAAAUAGCUUAAUGAGCUUGGGAAAUAUUUCUACUGGCUUUCAUAAAGUUAGUUCGUGGGGCUGCGGCGCAAAAUUUGCCGAAGUUCGAGAACUUACUCCUUCUGCAAACUGUUCAGUUCCAGUAAGUAAUGCAAAAAAUAACUUAUUGGAAGAUGAUGAUAACUUAUUGGAAGAUAAUAUGAUGGAAUACAUCCCUGAGGUGAAGCUGAAACAUAACAAUGGUACAUGCGGCGAAAACGCGUCAAAGAAACGUAAACUACAGGUCAUAUCACCUAGUUGUGACUUAAGUACAAACGGAGAAAUUGAUUGGGGAAAUAUUUCGAUCCUGUCCAGUGAUGAUGACACAUACUGUCCAUGUAAAUGGCCACUGCCUGACAAAUAUGAAACCAUAAAAUGCACAAAAUGUUUUGCAAAAGUACAUUUAGCAUGCCACGGAUACAUCAGUAUCGAAGCUGUUGAUAAAACUAAGUUUAGCUGUUAUUCAUGCUCAUGUCCUAGGGCUGACAAGAAUAAAUUAGACAAAUUGAAUAUGUUGAUGAAAACAAGAGCAAUUAUCUAUGGAAUUCAACUUGAAAAGUCUAUUCCAUGCGAAAUGCAGUUGGCGACUAAAGAUGAAGCCGCGUAUAUUCUGGAUCAACUAGACUCACUUGGAGUUAUUGACUGCUCGUCUUCUUCGUUUAGCAAGAUCAACGAAAAAUCCUUAAGUAGUGCAAUCCUCGCAACAUUUAAUUUCGAAGAUUCGCAAUACCUAGCUUAAGUAAAUUUAAAAAAAUAAUUUUUUGCAUUUGUAUAUCUACAUUUUUAUUAGAGUUAAUUAAUAUUAUCAUACGAUAUUCUUAAUUAUUGUAAUUUCAAAGAGACAAAUAUUUUCAUUUCAAUGUAAUCAUUGUCCUCCACUAGUUACCACUCCCUUAUAUGUAUAUUAGUUACCUUAUGUAGUAUGUAGUUAUAACUUCUGCAUUACCAAAUUUGUUCUUUGUUCGUUUUGUAGAUUAUAUUUAAUGAAGAAAUUGUAUUAAAUGAAAGUGAAUAACUGAUUGUCUAUAGUUAAAUAAUUUGAAAACUUUGAGUAAAUAUACGGGAAAGUGAAAAA